AUGAGCUCCACACCAACUCACAGACGGAGCAACUCCCUCGAGGAGCAGAUCUCGUCGGGCCGGUCGAAGUUGCGGAAGACGCCCCAGUCCGACGGCAGCCGCCGCUCGAGCUUUAGCGAGGGCGAGCGGGCCGACGAGGUGAUGGGCGACGCGCCGCCACCGGUCGCGCCCGAGGCCGUCGCGGCGGCGGCGGCGCGGCGCGCGGCCGAGGACGCGGCACGCGAGCGCGCGCUCGAGGAGGCCGCGGCGCGCGCGGCCGACGCCGCCGCGGCGCGGGAGCUCGCGAGCCGGACGGAGGUUAGCUUGGACCGCACGCUGAGCGCGGAGACGGCGGAGCCGGCCGCGCCCGUAACGCCGCCGGCGGCCGGCGACGGCGACGACGCGUCCGACGGUGAGGGCUACGCGUCCGACCGCGCGUCGCACUCGACCGUCGAGCCGGACGCCGUCGCGGGCCGCAUCGCGCGGCGCGACGCGGCGCGCGCCGCCGCGGCGCGCCUCCGCGCCGAGCAGGACGCUCAAGCGGAACUUGAGGCCCAGGUCGCCGCCGACCGCGAGGCCGCCGCGCGCGAGGUCGCGGCGCGGCAGAAAAAUGAUGAAAUGCCCGCGCCGGCGCCGGCGCCCGCCGCGGCCGAGGCGCCGCAGCGCAAGCGGAACCGCGGCGCGCUCGCGGCGCGCUGGACCGAGGCCGUCCGCGAGCGCGAGAGCGAGGCGGCGGCGCGCGCGGACCGGUUCAAGGAGGAGGCCGUCUCGAGCGACACGCCCGUCGGCGAGAUCUUCCGGCCCCAGCAGGCCGUGCGGACGAAGUAA